CUUGGGUUUCCAAAAAUCUCCUCGAUUUUCCCAAACCCGUAGAGAAAUGUUGGCAGCCUAGUGAAUUUCUCCCUGACCCUUCUCAAGGGUUCGAUGGAUUUAACGAAGAGGUUUGGGCACUAAGACAACGAGUUUUAGGGCUUCCGGACGAGUAUUUUGUUAUGCUUGUGGGUAAUAUGCUAGCUGAAGAUUCAUUACCUACUUAUCAAACCAUGAUUAAUACGUGGGACGGAGUGCGCAAUGAGACUGGGUCUAGUUCAUGUCCAUGGGCAAUCUGGACUCGGUCAUGGAAAAAGAGGAAGAAAAGGAGGAAGAAAAGGAGGAAGAAAAAGAGGAAGAGGGAAAAGAAGGAGAACCGACAUGGUAAUUUGCUACGAACUUACAUUUAUCUUUCAGGCAGAGUUGAUAUGAUGAUGAUUGAGAAGACAAUGCAAUAUACUAUUCGAGCUGGAAUGGACAAUGGAACAGAGAACAAUCCAUAUAUGGGCUUUGUGUAUACAUCAUUUCAAGAGCGAGCAACAUUUUUGUCGCAUGGCAAUAUGGCUAGGCUAGCUAAAGAGGCCGGAGACCCUGUACUAUCCCGUAUAUGUGGAACCAUUGCAGCAGAUGAGAAGCGGCAUGAGAAUGCCUACAUAAAAAUUGUUGAGAAAUUGCUUGAAGUGGAUCCAAAUACAACUAUGUUAGCCAUUGCAAACAUGAUGAAGAAGAGAAUUGUGAUGCCACAACAUCUCAUGUAUGAUGGGCAAGAUUCGAAUUUAUUUGAGAACUACUCCGCCGUUUCCCAAAGGCUAGGGGUUUACACAACUCGUGAUUAUGCUGAAAUAGUAGAGUUUUUUAUAACACGAUGGAAAUUGGAAAAGCUUGAAGGCUUGACAGGGGAAACGAGGAGUGCACAGGAUUUUGUUUGCAAAUUUCCACUUACAGUUAGGAAGUUGGAAAAUCGAGCCAAGAAAGUAGAACCACGUCGAGUGAAAUUUAGUUGGAUUUUCAAUAAAGAAGUGAGUGUUUAGAUGAAUUGAUCAUUUGAAAGAAGUAUGUAAACCAAAAGCUUAUCCUUUCACUAAUAGCCUUUUUGGCUAAGCUAUAUUAAUAAAUCUAUAUU